AAAGGGGGAGGUUCAAGGUGAGAGAGGACUGCGCUCUCCUCUCUUCCUGCCCAGCCUCCAGCUGCCUUGGCCUCCCUUGUCUUAGCCUGGCCAGCCACAAAGCCUUCUGCCUUAGGCUCAUGGCUGUCUGUGGGAUCCCUACGAAAUGCUGUGCUGUGCUCUGCCUCCUGGUCUUGAUCGCCAUCCCAGUGAUUGUGGUUGUAACUUUGAAGUGGGCACGGAAUCCUGAGGCGUGGAAUGGCCCUGGCAGCACCCGAGACUUUUUCAACAUUGUCCUGCACCGGUGUAUCCUGCACAAGUGGACUUUAGAACUGCUGUACCACAGACGUGAAACCUGCCUCAAAAUACGGGAUGCAUUCAAAAAUGCUUUUAUAUCAAAGAAUCCCUGCAGUGUUACAAAAGAAGACUAUGAACCAUUAGUUCGCUUGGUCAAACAAACAGUGCCCUGCAACAAAAGCCUGUUCUGGAGCAAGGCGAAGGAGCUGGCGCAUUGCUUUGCCAAGGUGCGUGGGAUGUUUAUGCUGGAGGACACACUGCUGGGCCACAUGGCCGACGACCUCAACUGGUGUGGAAACAGCAGCUCUGCUGAAUUGAACUAUGAAAAUUGCCCACGCUGGAGUGAUUGCAAAGAUACAGCUGUCUCAGCGUUCUGGAAGGCGAUUUCCCAAAACUUUGCAGAGUCUGCCUGUGGUGAGGUCCACGUGGUGCUCAACGGGUCCUUAAAUGAACCAUUCAGUAAAAAAAGCAUUUUUGGAAGUGUGGAAGUUGUUCAUUUGGAUGCCAAGAAAGUCCUUGAGUUACAUGCCUUGGUGAUUCAUCAACCAUCAAAAUACAGGGAGUUAUGCUCAAGUUCCUCCCUCCAACAACUGAAGUCAAUUGUGGAGGCACGGAAAAUUAAAUUUCUCUGCAGGGAUAUUACAGACCUGACAUGUUCAUUACAUGCAUGAAAAAUCGUAAUUAUCUGUCUGGUGGUACGGAAGACUCAGCAACAGCCCAGGGAGAACUGCUGGCCUGGGGGAGCCCUCAGGCAGAAAGGUCAACACCAGAGACUGAAGCUCUACCCCUCAUCGUACUGAGAUAACUUAUGUUGUCAGCAUAGCUUUUUCUUGUGUUCUGCUACUAUUCAACAAAAAAAAAUUGUACAAAAUAUGUUGGUAUUUUUAAACUUUCAUGUUUUGCUUUUAUGUGCUUUAUAUGUAGGUAACUUCUUUUUGGCCAUGCUAGGAACUAAAUCAGGGUCCCAUGUGGGCCACUGCUGUGCCGCUCAGCUACACCCCACUCUAGCUAGGAGCAUCCUUUCUGUUAAAAAAUGACUACACCAAACCUCUCUGAUUAACACAGGAAGAUAGGAAAAUAAAAUGUGUAAACUUUUCAGAAGACAGUAGAAUCUAAACAACCAACUUUAUCUCAUGGUCUAUUUUUGUGCCCUUCCUAGCCCAAAAGUCACACAUUUAAUAUCAAGGUAGGAGGUGGAUUGGAACUGAGCUCUGUCUAGCUCCAAAAUCUCUCUUCUAGGCAGAGAACACCAAGCUGACAGCAUGUUAUGUUCUCCAACAAAUGUGUGCUGGGUGAAACUAAGCACAGUAUAUUCUAGAAUGUGAUUUUUACAGAUGGCACCAAAAAAUUCAUUUUUUCCUCCUCAUGUUCAACGUGUUACACAGUCAGCUGUUAAAAUAAUAUAUAUUGAUUACAGGUUGUCUCGUGGUGCAAUACUGUGUUGCCUACAUUGUUCUCUUCUGAUCUGCUUUGUUAUGUCCUCUUUUGUCUUAAUCUCUUUAAAAUAAAAAAAUAUAUUUGAUCUUGA